AGGCAAUCCUUGGUGUGUUGCCGACCAUGCUGGUCGAUCCCAUCCGGGCAAAGCCGGCAGAGUGCAGCCAAAGAUAUGCUGCAGGUUAUGCCGCACCUAGGGUCCUUGCCUGCGAUCAUCCCAAAGACGGAUGGAGAGCGCGCGGCGAGUGGAGGCUGCCAGCUCUGGCGGCGGCCAUUGCGCGCUAUCGGUAUGGCCGCAAGGCCACGGCAAGGCGGAGUUCAGCUGAGCCGGUGGAGCCUGUUGAGCCGGUGGAGCCUGUUGAGCUGGUGGAGCCAGAGGAGCCUGAGGGCAUCCUCAACAAGGUCACAGCGCCUGCAGUACUGGUGCUGAUGGCGAUUCUGUAUGGUGGUAACGUGCCACUGCUCAAAACGGUGGAGCUGGAAGCCCUGGACCUCACGGGCCCCGAGCUUCUGGCGCUGCGCUUCUUCACCUCCGCGGUGGUGUCCAUCCCCUUCUUCGUGACGAACUACAGACAGGUGUGGACGCUGCUUGGCCCCUCCGUGGAGCUGGCGAUGUGGCUCUUCCUAGGCUACGCGCUGCAGAUCCUGGGCCUGGAGAAGACCUCGGCGUCCACCUGCGCGGUGGCCUCGGCGCUCACCGGGCCCUUCGUUCAGAUCCUGGAGUUCUUGAUCGACAAGAAGCCCUUCUCCCCGCUGGUGGCUCUUUGCUCUGCGGGCACUUUCGCAGGCAUCGCCCUCUUUGUGUCCGCUCCCAGUUUGGCCAAGGCACCUCCAGACGCAGUCCGUGGCCUUUUCGAGCAGUUCUGGAACUUCAUCAAGCUUCUGGAGCCCCGCGGCAAGAUGCCCCACGAGGCUUUCCUUCAGGGCAUUCCUGGGGAAGCCUUGGCCGUCGCAGGCGCUUUUCUCUUCGCGCUGCACGUGUACCGCAGCAACCGACUGGUUGCACAAGGUGACCCCUCGGGCCGCGUGAGCGGCAGCGACUUCGCGGUGGGCCUGGCGGCGGUGCAGCUGGCGGCCGCGGCGGCGAUCUGCGCGGUGGCCAGCUGGAUCGACAGCCCAUACAGCACCGCCCAGCAAUUGGCCAUCGCCGAGCGCUUGGGGCCGGACGUCUGGGGCCAGAUCUUUGCCUGCGGAGUGCUGUGCACAGGAUUGCCAGCCAUUGUGGAGCUCUUUGCCUUCAACUACGUGGGUCCUGCAGUGGCCUCACUGAUCUACUGUACCAUCCCGCUGUGGGGCACGGUGCUCUCGGUGGUCUUCCUGCAAGAACGGCUCGGCCCGCAGGCCAUCGUGGCAUCGGGCAUCAUCCUGGCAUCCUCGUUCGCACCGAGCCUGGUGGAUUUGGCAAAGGAGGCCCAACAGCAAGAGGAGGUAUGAGCACAGCGCCUGAAGGAAUUUGAAGCGGGCCUCGUAACAAAAUGCAAGACCAGUUGCCCAGUGGCGCCUGCUUU